GUUUAUUCGAAAGUACCGGACUUGUCCGUAGGUGCCCGAGCGCGCUCUAAAAGAACGUCUAACGGUAACAAUACUAGUUGGACUUGAUACUAAGCGCACACGGUUUUGUCGUAAGCAAGCGUGCUGUUCGUGAAUAUAAACUGCUUUUGAUGGGACUUUUUGUGUUUAUUUUACAAACUGUGAAUUAAAACGGCUUUAGUUUUUAUACUCGGAAUAAAGUUAGUUAUUGUAGUGACUUUUGGAUUCUUUUUUGUGUAACUUCAACAGUUUUGCGCCAAGAAAUUUAAAUAACAUUAAAAGUAUGAAAUAACAGUGUUUGAGAGUAGGAUUUUUGUGUAUCCACCGAGAAGCUACGUAAUAUACAAGGAUAUUGGUUCAUUUAAAAAGUAAUUAACAGAAUCCAGAAAACCACCGCAGUUCAAAAUAUUGAGGAAAAAGUCGAGGAAAUCAUUGAAAGUGGCGAGUUAUAGUUCCAACACUGACGAUGGCCAAGAAAAUGGCACAAAGAGAAUGAAAUAGUCAACCAAAAAUAAAAGAACAAAAAAUGCAUCCAAGUGCCUUUCUGUCCCUAAAAUUUCAUCAUAGUUUUUCCCUUUUUUUAAUAGUUUAUAUUGCACAUAUCUGCCAAGCAUGGUUGCCAGACACAAGCACUAAAUUUAAUAGUGCAAAUAAAAUUUCCAGUAUAAGUUUCACAGGAAAUUCAAGUAAUAACGAUGAUCAUUUUAUCAUCUUGUAUCAAGACCAAGAGACAUUAUUGUUGGGCGGACGCAAUCGAAUAUAUAAUCUAUCAAUUUUUGACUUCACUGAGCGGAAAAAAUCAGAAAUCUUUUGGCCAUCUUUAGAAGCCCACGGACAACUGUGUAUUCUUAAAGGCAAAAGUGAGGAAGAAUGCCAAAACUACAUAAGAGUUAUGUUUAAUACUAGUCCAGGAAAACUUCUAGUGUGCGGAACCAACUCAUUCAAGCCACUAUGUCGGAACUACGUUUAUAAGAAUGGCAACUACCUAGUGGAAAAAGAAUCUGAGGGUAUUGGAGUUUGUCCCUACGACCCAGAACACAAUAGUACGGCCAUCUAUACCAAUGGACAUUUAUUUACAGCGACAGUUGCUGACUUUUCUGGAGGCGAUCCGCUUAUUUAUAGGGAACCCCUUCGAACUGAAUUAUCUGAUCUCAAACAUCUAAACGCUCCAAACUUUGUGAGUUCAGUUACUUACGGCGAUUACAUCUACUUCUUUUUUCGGGAGACAGCUGUGGAGUUUAUGAACUGUGGAAAGGUAAUAUAUUCUCGUGUGGCAAGAGUUUGCAAACACGACAAGGGCGGCCCUCAUCAAUCAAGAAGUAAGUGGACAUCGUUUAGCAAAGCAAGACUGAAUUGUUCCGUACCAGGAGAAUAUCCGUUUUAUUUUGAUGAAAUACAGGCAACCAGCACAAUCAUAGAAGGUAUUUAUAAUGAAAAAACUAGUAAGAUAAUCUAUGGUGCCUUAACAACACCUGACAAUGCAAUUGGCGGGUCAGCAAUUUGCGCGUUCCAAAUGAACGAUAUCCAAGAAGUUUUCAAAGGACCAUUUAAACAUCAAGAGAGCAUUAAUGCCAACUGGCUACCAAUUCCUGAUAACAAAAUACCAGAUCCUCGACCCGGCGAGUGCGUUAGAGACAGCAGAAUACUACCAGAUGCCAAUGUGAAUUUUAUUAAAACCCACCCACUCAUGGAGAAAGCCGUACCUUCCUACCAUGGCAGACCCAUUUUGAUUAGAGUCAGUUUAAAUUACAGGUUUACGGCUAUCGCUGUUGAUCCUCAAGUUAGAACGGUUAACGGAAAGACAUUGCCGUAUGAUGUAAUUUAUAUUGGAACAGAUGAUGGCAAAAUUCUCAAAGUAGUCAACCUAGCUACUGAACAAUCGUCAAAAGCUUUUGUAAUAUCCGACAACGAAGUAUUUCCAAAAGGUACCGCUGUCAAGCAGAUAACGUUAGCAGUGGGGUAUGGAAGAGUGGUUGCAGUCAGCAAAGGGGAAAUUAAAUUGGUCACAAUAAAUCACUGCAAAUUUAUGGCUACCUGCAGUGAAUGCAUAGAACUUCGUGAUCCACAUUGUGCCUGGGAUCAACUUAGAAAUUUGUGUGUUAGCGUAGAUGCUGUCACUUCCUUCAGAUACCUUGUCCAAGAUGUAGCUAGAGGAGACAAUUCCAAAUGCAAAGUAUCAACAAACGAAAAAGAACCUAAAAAAGAAAUAGAUGAUACUAUAACGAGUAACUCAAUCGACGAAGAACCAAGUUCAAGUGUUAAGGAGCUUUCCCUGCAAAUCGAAAAUCGCCACUCAGAACCAGAUGAUUGUAGUAACGAUAUUAAUGCUGAUGUUCGCACUGGAUGUAAUCAAAUAAGAAAAAACGAAUUUACUACAGGGACCUUAUGGUGGGGCAUUAUAGUAGCAGCUAUGAUAGGAAUGUUCGUGGGUUUUGUGGGGGGAUACUGCGUGUCAAGAAAAUUUUACAUGCAGUAUCCUAAUACACCUUUUAUUGAGCAACGUAAUCAUUUGGACAGAUUAAACGUGAAUCAGAAUAGUUUUUUAGCCAGGCCGAAGAACGUUAAUUUGGAUGUCUUAAAUGUGUCUUCUGACCCACUUCCGCCAAAGAAGGAUAAUCUAGGAUCCCUGAAGAACUUAAAUAUAACCAACGAAGGGAUUAAGAGAUUGACUAAUGUAGGCUCGCAACUCGAGGACAUUUGACAUAAUUCUAUUUAAAUUAAAUUAUAAACUUUCUGGGCCGAAAUAAUUUACGCACAUUAUCCAUAGGAACAGAAUGGAAUGAAAUACUGAAGGAUCUCUUAUUUUUUUAAGUUACAGGCAAGAAGUUUCAUUAUUACAAAAAAUACAUAGAUAGAUAUUUAAGUUUAUCAAAUAUGCCUCAUAGUGGAAGCCAAGGUCCAAAAUUGCAUUAUUUGUAAUAUAUAUUUUAUUUUAUUUUGAUCUUCUUGUGCAAUUUAUUAGUUUUUUAAUGAUAUUUAUGUAUAUUGUCUUUGGAUGUUUUAAAUAGGUAGGUAUUUUAAAAUAAAUCUUAAAUUGUCUGUGCCCAAAAUUGUUAUACUAAGAGACUUUUAACAACUAUAUUUUUUUAAAUGAAGUUUUAAAUAUGGAUGCCAGGUAUUUUUGCAAACGAUUUUUUUUUUAAAUUUUAUGUUAGUUUUUAAUUAAAUUUUAGUCCUGAAAAUGUUAUCAAUAAUUUUUAAUGUAAAUAAAUAAUUAUUCUUUUUUCUUUUAACUUUAGUUUCAGGUACAGGUUUGGCUGUGAUCAACAAAAAUCUACAUUUGCCUUUUUAUUAUUUACUCUUAGUAGGUAUCUAGCCUUAAUGUAUUGAAUAAGUAGCUUAAAUCCAAUUUAUCAAUUUUUGUUCUGUCAAUGUUUUCCUUUUCGGUAAAGAGGCACAUUCCAAUUACUAUUUUGAUAAUAAAGAAGUUUAUAGGUGUAA